AUGGCAGAAUCGGUGUCGUCGCUUUCAGAAGGUCUUCCACAAACUAACGAUACGUAUGCGGGGCUGGCAGGUGUGGUCGCUAGCGGAAUACAGAGCCAACAAGACGAAAUAAGAAGAUUGUCAUACGGAUCAACAAGUUCAACGUCUAAAAAAGUUGGCGAUGUUAAUGUCCAGGUCAGUACAGACGUCGUCUUGGAAGAGGGAUCUGAAUGCGGCAAAACAAACAGAUUGCUUGGCGAUGGACAAGAAAAAUCGGAACUUUCAGCUGCAAAAAUUCAAAUCAUCAUGACUUCGAUGUAUUUGGGCAUUUUCCUCGCUGCACUCGAUGGAACCAUCGUUUCUACACUUAUGACACAUAUCGCUUCUGAGUUUCAAGCUCUGCCCAAUAUUUCGUGGAUCGCCACAGGAUACCUUUUGUCUACGUCGUGUUUCCAACCCUUGUACGGAAAAAUAUCCGAUGUGUUGGGUCGGAAACCAAUGCUUGUGUUUAGUAACGUUGUUUUUGGUCUGGGAUGUCUGAUUUGUGGAUGCAGCAACAACCUGUGGUUUUUGGUCGGUGGCCGUUUUGUCACAGGAAUUGGAGGAGGCGGUCUAACCUCUCUGGCAAGCAUAACGACCAGUGACAUCGUGCCGCUGCGUGAUCGUGCUCUUUAUCAAGGAAUGUGCAAUUUGUUUUUCGCUAUUGGCACCAGUUGUGGCGGUUUGGUGGGUGGAUUUUUUGGCGAACAUGGUGGUGGUUGGCGUGUAGCGUUCUUGAUCCAGAUUCCGGUCUGUAUUAUUAGUGGCAUUCUGAUCAUAUUAUAUUUGGAUCUGCCACCUCGUCAUACGCAUGGAGGCAAGUUGCAAUCGUAUGAUCAAAGACUGAAAAGGCUUGACUGGCAAGGUGCUGUUUCACUUGUGAUAGCGCUUUUCCUGUUUAUGCUCACGUCGUCACUUGGUGGGAAAGAAAUUCCUUACGGCUCUAAACUUUUCCUUUUGAUGUGCGUGCUCACAUUGAUUUCCGGUGCUGUGUUUGUCAGUGUGGAAACUUACCUCACUGCAGAUCCAAUUUUGCCCGUUUCUUUCUUAAAGGAUAGGUCGGUAUGCGCUGGUAGUUUAGCGAACUUUUUCUGCGUUAUGGGUAUGAUCACGGUUAACUUUUACUUGCCGAUUUACUACGCAAGUGUUAUGAAUAUGGGUCCUACCGAUGUAGGGAAAAGAUCUUUACCCAGCUUCAUCAGCAUUGCCUUUGGGUCCUUGGGGGCCGGUUACUAUAUGAAAAGAACCGGUAAAUACUAUUGGUUUACACUAUUUGGGUGCUUGAUCGCAGUCUUGGGUCUAAUUCAGAUAAACUUUGUUACGAGCUCAACGCCUGUAUGGCAACAAUACUUGCUGCAAGUUACGCCAGGGUUGGGUGUGUCAAUUUUAAUUACUGUCACAUUACUUGCGAUGAUCGCGGCGGUCCCACAUGAACAUCAAGCUGCUACGACCUCUAUCUCAUAUGCUUUUAGAUCAACAGGCUGCACACUGGGCGUGUCUCUUGGUGCUGCUAUAUUUGGUAAUCGUCUGAACAAGAUGCUUGAUACUAAAGUGUUAAGUUUGGUGUCUGAAGAGCAUUCUGAAGCUGAAUUGAGAAAGAUCAUUUCCAAAGCUGCUCAUUCGGCAGAAUGGAUACAUCAGGGAGCGCCACGUUUUGUGCAGGCAACACUGAUCGAAUGUUAUCAUACUGCUUGUAAAGCGACUUUCAAGUUUUGUCUUGUGGUUAUGAUACUGGCCUCGUUCAGCUGCAUCUUCAUCAAGGAACAUCGGUUGCACACAUCGAUCAGCCGGGACAAUUAG